AUGAUAUUUGCAAAUUUUUCUAAUGGAGACUACCUCAUCAUGGAGCAUGCACCGUGGGAUGGUCUAUGUAUUUCUGACGUUAUAUUACCAUGUUUUGUAUGGGUCAUGGGAGUUUCGACAGCGUUGUCGUUCAAUUCGAAACUGUGCAAGGGUGUGUCACGUUGGAUGUUAUUCAGAAGAAUUGUCACAAGAUCACUUUCAAUGAUUAUCAUCGGUGUCGUAAUAAAUAUUAACUUGGUUCAGGACAGAAAAGAUUUCCCAUCAAAACUUAGAAUUCCUGGAGUUUUACAGCUUAUUGGAGUGGCAUUUUUCAUUGCAAGCAGUACUCAUCUGCUCUUUUUCAAGAGGAAUAACGAAGACCAAGAACAAUGCUGGCACCCUGUGACUAAGAUACUUCUUUGCAAAGGUGACUAUUUGACGAUGUUGAUCAUCCUAUCUGUUCAUACGCUAAUAAUGUUCUUCUUAGAAGUUCCCGGAUGUCCUAGAGGUUAUCACGGACCUGGGGGUUUACAUAUGAAUGGAAGAUAUCAAAACUGUACAGGAGGAGCAGCCGGAUAUCUUGACUUACUAGUGUUUGGUGAAAAUCAUAUUUUUCAAAAACCUGCAAUGCAGAGCAUUUACAAUACUACAAUACCAUUUGAUCCCGAAGGACUAUUAGCAACCCUAACGUCAUCAUUUCUUGUAUUUAUUGGAAUACAGGGUGCGACUGCUUACGUUCUGGCUGGAGGUUUCCGUAACGAUGGCCUGAUACCAGUGAAUAAAAAUUUAUGGUCGCUAUCGUUUGUCUUGACUAUCGGUUUCAUAUCGUUGACAGCUUUUACAGUCUUGUACGUCACUGUUGAUGUUAAGAGGUUAUGGAAUGGAGGACCGUUUCAUUUUCCUGGUAUGAAUCCACUUUUCCUUUUUAUUGGCCAUGCACUAUUCAGCCAGAUGUUCCCAUGGAAAUGGAAAGUUGCAGGGUAUUCCCGUUUACAAAGAAUACUUUUAGAUCUGUGGGGGGCAGCAGUGUGGAUAGGAGUCUCAUUUUAUUUGUAUUAUAAGAAAAUAUUCCUUGCUUUAUAG